CACAUGACAUUUUGCAUAUUAGCGUUCAUUAACUUAAAUGUGUUUGCAUAGCAUGUAUAGUUAGUUAUGCGACGCUUAGAUUAUUAUCACAUUUUAUCAUAUUUGAUUGGGUAGUUUAAAUAUUACCCCAUAAACGUGUUAUCUUGUCCGUAUUACUGCACUAUUUUUACUUCUUAAAAAAGAAAUUCAAAAAGAAAAAUGGCGGAUAUCAGUAUUAUAAUAUCAAAAGUUUUUCUUCUAAACUUGUGCAUUUUUCUUCAUUCUGCUAGAGGAGCGUCUUCUAGUUUAUCAUCGAAUCAACAGGACUUGAAGUUGAGAGACGAUGGAGGCCGGGUAGAAAGAUCUACAGGGUGUUCUAAUGACGCAAAACAACUUAAAGCAGUUCCAAAUCAUGCGGAUAUGUACGGAGGACGAAUUGUUGAUCUUUCUGGUCCAUGUUUCGCGACAGACAAACAGGCAUAUUGCCAGUUCAAAAACCCAAAUGACGGCGUAGUCCUGGCGAAUCAGAAAGCUGUAGAUAUAAGCAGAACACGUGUCCGGUGUGUGGUGCCUAGACUUCUAGUACGUGACCGCGUGAUUUUAAGUGUUUCAACGGACAAUGGGAAAACCUACCCAUACAGUACUAACUUCACUAUUGUUUUUCCGGGAAGAAUGCCACCCUUAGUAACGACCAAAGGGCUCUGGCGCUUUACCAAUGCAACUGUUCUAAGUCUUGAAUGGGAUAACAAAUUGCUCACAAACGACAAAAAUUCUUUGGUUGACAUACGACUCAUUGGUUUCAAAGAGAAUGAUGGAAAAGCAAUUUACAAACCUUUGAUCACGCUUGGUAAAGAUGUACUGGCGUCAACUGGUCGGUAUGAAUUUGAGGUCAGUAACUACCAAUGCAGUGGACAAGACUGUUUCGAGUAUGAGGUCGGAUUGGUGGAGGUGAAACUACAAGACAAGUUCACGCCUACCAAGAACAAGUUUUUGUCAACAAAUCGUGUACCACUCGGUUGGUUUGUCAGAAAUGUAAUGAAAGCAAAAUACGGCUCUGAUUGGCCCUCUGAUUUGUGUAUGAAAUGGCAUAAAAGCGCUUCUCGGGACAUGAACUGGUUUGGCGAGAUACUUAAAUGUCCAUGUUCGCUGGCUCAGGCAAUCGCAGACUUUGGAAGGUGGCAGCCUGAUACCGGAUGCAAUCUACAAAGGGCGGCCAUUUGUAAAUACCACCAUGCUGCCGUGCAUUGUGUGCGUUCCGUGCAGCCAGUAAAUGGAGCCGGUAACCAGUGUUGUUACAGCGCUAAAGGAUAUCUUGUGUUCGCGGCAGACACAUAUUUUGGAAGUACAGCUGACAAAAGUCACGAUUGGGGAGCUGCACCUUAUGGUAAACCUGGUCAUGUUCCAAUUCUCUCUCAUUGGGUAGACGAUAUAAUUCCGCUAUUCAGCUGUUGCCAGUGGACCGACUUCAAGUCAUGUGACUAUUACGUUGAGCUGAGAGGAACUACGGAUUGUACGGCAUAUAACCCUCCCGUACCAGCGUUUGUGUACGGGCAAGGUCACAUUGCAACAUUUAGAGGCCAGAAGAUCCGCGUCAUGGCGCCAGGGGAUUACAUCUUGUUUAAAGCAGGGACCACAGAGGUGCAGGCGAGAUUUGAGAAUAAUCCUCUUUCAACUGAAAAUGGGAAGGUUAUUAACAACACGUUCAAGUUGACAUCUGUGGCCAUAGAAAAUGAUGGCAUAUCAGAUAGGGUUGAACUACGGUUGCAGAGAGAAGAUACUGACAGCAUUGAGGUGCUACUGAAUGGAGAAAUUAAAGAAUUUAAGGAGAAAUCUUUAAAGUGGCAAGAUUUCAAAGAAAUUGCAGUUAUUAAUACCGACUUGACCUCAAAUAAUGGCAAUUUUACGGUGCUACUUACCAAUAACAUAGGGUUCCAAGUGGCAACCGUUGCUGGCACCAUGCAACUAGAUCUCAUGAUGCCUACGGACAUUAAUAAAGUGACAUCUGGAUUAUUCGGAAACAUUGACGGUGGGAAAACAUUGCCGAAUGGUGAAUCAAUUGAAGAUGUUAACAAUUUUGAAAAAGCAUGGAAGGUGAAAAAUAACAACUUUUUUAAAGACAGUAAAACGUUUUCAUCAGCAACAAUUACCGACCCUAAACCAUUAAGUGUAGAUUCCCAGACUGUCUGUACAGUCAAAAGGCGAAAGAUUUUUGAUGAUUGUGAAUUUGAUUACACUCGUACUGGCUCACAAGCGAUCGCAGAGGCAACACAGGAAGCUGGUAUCAGGCACGAGUCUCUUGUUGAUAACUUAGAGCCAAUCCGGUCUUGUGGUUUACUGGAUGUUCCGAGAUCUAAAAAAUCAAGCUAUGAAUACACAAUUGGUACAACCACGACCGUAACUGAAUGUAAGAGCGGUUCUUUAUCGGGUCACACCACUUAUACAUGCGUCGAAACCUCGGAUGGAACUCAGGCAUGGUCUCCGGAUGUGACAGCAAAAUGUGAAUUGGAAAUGGAAAUGGAAAAGUCGUCUAACUCGUCUAACAUAGGAAUGAUCGUUGGCAUCGUGACUGCUGUUUUGGUUGUAGCAAUUAUAGUUAUUGUGGGUGUCUUCCUUUUUGUGCGGAAAAGAAGAAAUGGAAACCGAAAAGACGGUGCUCCAUAUGCAACUGACGAAGCGGUCGCUAUGAAACCCGAAGAUGUUAAGUGACCAGCAUCAUAAUAUAGUUAAUAAAAUAGAAAAACAAACAUAGAAGAACAAAUUUCAAACCAGCAAAACCAGAAUUUCAUACAUAUAUCAUACAUAGUUUUACAUUUUUAUUUUUGUAUUGUAUUAUAUAAUAAUGAAAUGCUACAGCCCGUCUCACACAGAACACACGACUUAUACGGUUGGACACCCGUGUAAACCGUACAUACAGUUACACUCGGGCAUUCGAGUUUAAGCCGUGUAUUAUUUUUAACACUUUAAAAAAUCUGGUACAGAUGUCAUGUCCGUGUAUGAUCGUAUAAGCGACCGUACAAGACCGUAAGAGACAGAAUAAGACCGUAUAUAUAACCGUUUUUUGAAGUCCACUCCACGAGUGAGCCCAACCGUGUCAAGGUCGUAUAUAAAUCGUAUAGAAUCGUUCGAGACGGUCCCCAAGUAACAUCCGAUUAAUACCCGAAAGUCCCACAAUGACGGCACGACUCGCACGAGUGCACACACGGUGUCAUACCAUCGUCAUACGACCAAUACGGUUCAAAUACGAAUCAUGCAUGGAAGACACGGUAUAGAACGGGUGUACACGGUCUCUUUCGACCUCGCAUGGUCUUAAACGGCCUCUACGUCAUCUCGAACUGUACAACGAAAAAGCACUACCUGCUGCCACCCUCAGCUGCUAGAUCUACCCAGAGUUCUUGCUGCAUAACGCUAGACUACAUCAACAGAAGAAGGUUCCCAAGCACAGAAGGAAUACAAGAAGGGCCAUCCAGGCCCGCAGACCACUUCAACCUGCUGAACCUGAUUAGCUAGAGGAUCCAUCGGCACUACUUUAAGAGAGACCCGUUUCUUCCAGGGAUUCAGACUCGGAUGUCAGCUCGGUUGGAUCUCCAUCAAAAUGGGUCAAUUUAAUUAAAAAACAUAGUUUACACGAAUGUCUAAUAAUUCGAGGAGAACUCGAACAAAAGUCGGCGGGACCCUAUGUUAACCCUGUGAAUGUCGAGUAAAUCGAGUAAAAGUCGUGUUUAAUCGUACCAGACCGAACUUUGAACCAUACCACAAUAGUUUGUAAUCGUAUACAAAUUGUGUUCAAACCUUGCUUAACCAAGCAUGUCCGUGCUUUUUUCGUACAUACUCAUGCUACAUUCGAGUCUAACUCGUAUCCACUAAUCUCCAGGCACGGUGGGAGCUAAAUACUGGUACCAGUCAACUCGUGUAUUGCCGAGUAUACCGUAUGGGAAGCGUGUGCCCAAUCGUGUUCUGUGUGAGACGAGCUUACACGCAAAUGUUUACUAUUUACAAUGCAAUAUGAAAAAAAUGCUGUGUAUCAAAACAACAGUUUGCUGAAAGGUACAUUAUGCACCAGCAAUGCUUUUAAAUCUAUUCUCAAAAGCUUUUCUAAUUCUGGUAUCGUGUUAUAGUUUCCAGAUUUUUACUCAUUGUCCAAUUACUUGGCGGCGUGGCCGAGUGGUUAACGCGUCGGACUAGUAAUCUAAGGAUUGCUGACCGUGGGUGGUACCAGCCGUUGAUUCCUUGAGCAAGAAACUUUACAUUCAUUGCUAAGUACUGGUUGGUUCCAGGAACGAAUUCGCGAGUGUUUCAAUGAGCUUAUAGCUUCCAAUUCAAUCGAACUAAAUUAAAAUUGUAUACACCAAUUACUUGAAACUGUUGCUUUUGUUAAUUAGUAUAGUUAUAAUGAUUUUAUUUUGUAUGGAAGUCUACUAUUCAAUACUACUUUGUUUACAUUUUGCUAUUUUUAUGACAAAUAAAGUGUCUAACAUGCUCUAAAAUCAUUAUCUAAACAUUUUUAAAACUCAUGUUUGCCUUUUUUAAAGAUGGAAAAUGUAUUCAUUUCUGAGGGAAAAUGUGCCUUUAGGAUUACAUGCAUUUAUCACAAUGUUAUUAUCUUAUAUUUUACUUUAGUAUAUUGAAUUGUAUUGUAUCGCUACUGAUAAAAUGUACAACUAAAUGUAUGUUGUAAUGAAUUAAUUUUUUUUUCAUAAUAUUUGUAUUUGAUGGCAUGAAACAUAUUUACGUAUAGAAGGGUAUGUUGGCAUUGAAUGUAUCACAACAAAACAGUAUGUUUCUGCUAGUAUAAAAGCCACAUAUACUCUUGCUGUUUCUUCUGCUACUUUAACGGCGGACUACAAGACUUUGAUUAUCAUUGCGACAACUACUAUCAUUUCAAUGUUACAACCUUAACUUUAAAAAAAAGAAACUAUAUUAUUAAUAACUGAAUUAGCAAAAGAUGCACUAUUCUAAUAUUACAACUUUUACUAUAAAAUAAAGAAACUAUAUUACUAAUAACCGAAGUAGCAAAAGAUGCAUUUUUCUUAUAUUACAACGUUUACUAUAAAAGAUAGAAACUAUAUUACUAAUAAUCGAAGUAGCAAAAGAUGCACUUUUCUUAUAUUACAACGUUUACUAUAUAAGACAGAAACUAUAUUACUAAAAAUCGAAGUAGCAAAAGAUGCAUUAUUCUAAUAUUGCAACUUUUACUAUAAGAAUAAGAAACUAUAUUACUAAUAACAGAAGUAGCAAAAGAUGCCUUUUUCAUGAUAAUACAUGUAAACUAGUUAUUCCUAUUCUGUAUAUUAGUGUAUAAACAUAUGAUGUAAAAUAUCUUCAAUAAAAUAGCUUUGAAAAUGUU